UCCCUCGAGUCCUCGGCGCAGCGGCGCCACGAUCGGCGACCGAAACCUCUCCUUUGCUGCCGCCCGGCCGCCGCAGCCGACCCACACCGCCUCCACCUCCACGCGGCUCAUGCUCCACCGCCUCGCCCAUGCCCGCGCGCUCCACCGCCUUAUCCGCCUCGCAUCCAGCGCUGUCUCCACCGUCCCCGCCCCCGCGCCCGCACCCACUCCCACCGCCACCACUCCACCCGCCGCGCCGCCGCUCUCGCCCGCAGACCUCGAGCUCCUCCUCCGGCGCGGGCACUACUCCGCCUCCACCCACCGCUUCCACUCCCUCCUCGCGCUCCUCUCGCAUCCCUCCGUCCUCCUCGCCUCCGCGCUCCACCUCAGCCGCCGCGCGCACCCCUCCCUCCCCACCCCGCCCCAACCCCUACCCACCACCUUCGCCGCGGCCGCCGCCGCAUUCUCCUCCCCCUCAUCCCACCUCCGCCUCCUCCUCCCUUCCCGCCUCAAGGGCCAGCCGCUCGCACUCCCCACGCUCCCGCUGCGCCUCGCCAUGCGCUGCGCCGCGUCCGCCCUCGACGCCGUGUUCGCGCCGCGCGCGGCCACCUUCGCCUACCGCGGCCGCCACGCCGCCAUCCGAUACCUCAGGUCCAUCCCCAGCGCGUCCUGGUUCUUCCGCGUCGCCAUCCCGCGCCAGCGCUUCGGCCCCCGCCACGUGCGCCGCCUGCUCGACGCCAUCUCCGGUAAGGUCGAUGACCCCGGUUUCCUGGAGUACCUGAACGAGCUGUUCGUGUCUGAUGCGGUCGCGUUUGAGCUCGGCGGCUGCGAGCUCGGACGCGGGCUGCCACAGGAGUCGGAGCUCACGGCCACGCUGGUGAACAUAUUCUUGGAUCCCGUGGAUAGAGAGUUGAUGGCCGUCCGGGAGGAAGUGCACAAAAAGAAUCCUAAAAUGAAGGAUGACAGCGUUCUGCAUACACCUCUAAGAGUCUACGCAGUUCGGUAUCUCGAUGAUAUUCUGGUUGUGACGUCUGGGUCGAAGAUGCUCACAAUUGAGAUCAGGGACAGGAUCAUUUCUGUGUUGGAGAGGAAUCUGGAGUUGAAGGUGGACAGGUUGGGCAGCUCAGUCCAUAGUGCUGUGUCAGAGAAGAUUGAGUUCCUCGGGAUAGAAUUCCAAGCUGUGCCACCAUCAGUCUUGCACCCUCCCAUGUCAGAGAAAGCGAAGAGGGCAAGGAAGAAGUAUCUGAAGAUGAAGGCAGAAAAGGCGCAGGAGCUGAAAAAUGCACGAGAGACACGGCGGAAGAAGCUCGGCUUGAAGAUACUGAACCACUUGUUCAAGAGGGUGAGGCGGGGUGAGGAGUUUCAAUUUGAUUUUCAGAUUGAGAAUGAGGUGCGGCAAGUGUUCAAGGAUUGGGCAGAGGGGACAGUGGCUGAAUACUUCAAGUCACAGGAGCAUUGCCAGUAUUGGCACCGACUGCUUAGAUCAGGUGACUUCUUGUCACUGACUAGGGUGAGAGAUCAAUUGCCGCCUGCUCUGGUGGAUUCAUAUGACAAAUUCCAGGAGACACUUGACAGGUUUUUAAUGCCUAAGAAGGGCCAUGAAAUGGCAGAAGAAGAGGAGAGGCUAGCAGAGGAGGAAGAAGAGAAAGAGUACGAGAAGAGGACUGUUGAGGACUUGACAGAGUUGAAGAUGAGGGCUAAUGUGCCCAUAGAGCUUGUAAGGAAGGCAGUAAAGCUAGCUGGAUUCACAAACUCCAUGGGCCGACCACGACCAAUCAAGCUACUUCUCUGUUUGGAUGAUGCAGACAUCAUUAAAUGGUAUGCCGGUGUGGGAAGAAGGUGGCUAGAUUUUUUCUGCUGUUGCCGGAACUUCAAGAUGGUCAAGACUGUUGUCAGUUACCACUUGAGGUUCUCCUGCUUCUUGACAUUAGCAGAAAAGCAUGAGUGCACUAAGAGGCAAGCAAUUAGCCAUUUCACAAAGGAUUUAAAAGUAGAAAAUGAUGAUGGAGUGGCAGAAGUUCACUUUCCAACGGAACAGGAGAUCAAAAUGAUGGGUGAUAAGAAUUUAUCUGACCCAAAGCCUGUGGAUGGUGCCCUGACAAUGAUAUUGGUGAGACUGGCAGUCGAUGACAUGUCAUAUCCAUGCCUGGCGCAUUUUUGUGCAAACUCAGACACUGUGCUAUACAGAAUACGUUUGCUGCAAAAUCGCCUUAAUAUUGAUCCAUUGAAUGAGAAUAAGUGGGUCCAUGGACUAAGUGCCAUUCAUGAGAGCCUGAACAAGAAAUACCUCCCCUUGUGCUCUAUGCAUGCGAGUGAUCUUCUUCUCGGCAAGAUUACUCUUCAAGAUAUUGACUGUACUCAAUUUGUUGAUGUGGAAUGAGAAAAAGAAGUACUCAAACAAUGCCUCUUGCAGAUUGUAGCUCAUUCAGUAUUGCAGGUUGUGCCCAGUGCAUCAUACAUUGCUUUUAUUUUACUGAAUGGUUCAUGGACUCCGUUUCAAUACAUGAUAGAAGAUAUAUUUCUUUUUGUUUCCAGAGGACUGCAAUUUUGUAAGUGUUUAAAUUGCUGUUUGCAGGACUAGGAACGAACUGCAUGUCAAUAUACUCAGCUCAGUGGACUUGCCCCAGAAUUUCAAUCAUCUCAAAACAAUUCAUUCACAAUUGAAGGAUCUAUCUUAUCUGCCCAUCUGGCUUAGUGAUUUCUAAGUAUUGUAGCAGUGAUUAUGAUGGGCAGGUAAGAUUACUGAGUUGUCAUGUUAUUUUCUGUUCCUGCUAUAAGUAUAUUGAAUAAAUCAUUAAAAUUGGUAUCUACAUCAGCACCAAGCAGUUUGAUCUUAGCAGGAUGAUGAAGUGCACUCAAUUAUUAAUAUUAUGUAGCUUGAAAGAAACUUGCUAUCUUCACCUGAUGUUCCUAUUAUCAUCCUUUCAAUCAUGUUGAAAUCAUUUGUUUAGGUCCUGUCUGCUUGUCUCCUGGACUAAUUUAUUAGUUGGGAAUGACAUGUUUGUACUGUAGAAAUUCUUGGUAUUGUCAUUUUCUGAAUUCCAGAUAAACAUUUAAUGGAAUUGUUCUACAGAAAUACCGGAUAUAAAUGGUGUCCAAAUUCUGAUGUAGUUUAUGUGGAUGAUGAAUGGGAUUUACUUAGUGCAUGUUUUCAUCGUACAACUGUGGCAUAGGAUACAUAUGAAUCAGUGUUCCAUUAUUGUGCACUAGUUGGUUUUGAUAUUGAGUGCAAGUUGGUUUUGAUAUUGAGUGCAUAAGGAUUCCAAUAGCACCAACCAAUUCUAUAUGUUUGUAGGCUAGAUGCAUCAUAAUACCCAACUGCUGGAAUCCAUGGUCAAAGUGGUUCCUGCCUCUCCCUCACAUCCCUGUGGGUUUGCAUGCUGAACGGAAAGCCAUUUGUGAUAAUUUCCCUUGUCUACAAUGUUACGUGGUCCUCUUGACAUCAUAGCUUCCCAAGUGCAUUCCAUUAUCUCCUUGUUGUGGCAGAAGUUGCUAACAACCAUAUGCAUUCAUAACAUUGCUCCAGACAGAUAUGCAAUGUGCUACAUCCUGCAUGUGACACCUACCGAACUGUUUUUGUUUGUGAUGCCGCAUCAUGGAUUAGCAACAGGAUACACUGCCCCCCCUAAGAGACUUCCGACACCCCUCAUUUUAGACACAUGAGAAAGGGAGGUCCGGUCCAUGGAAUUGAGAACAGGAUAUUCACUUGCACCUUGAGGCAGUAGCCAAGAUUACAUGAUUGCUCUUUUGUGCAGGGCUCCUUGGUCCACCAGGGUGACAGUGCCUCCAUGCCAUCCACGCGGACAGCGGAGGAACAGUGGUUCCCAUAGUGCAGCCGCGUCGUCAUCGUCACUUCAAAUCCACAGCACCUCGAGCAGAGGUAUGUUCAUUGUGACUGCAAAGUGGAGAUCACAUCAUCACCUAGUGGCUAGUGCAAAGAUCAAAGAUCGCUAAGUUGAACAGUACCAAUCAGCAGGGCAAUAAUAGAUGGCCCCAAGUCUGUCAUGCAUAGUGUUCUGCAGAUCUUUACGUGCUUUGGGGUCGUCGCUUAUACACUGCAUAACUGUAAGCACCGGAAUGGGCAUGAACAGCACCAGAUCCAGACACACAGUUCUUUCUGGGAGGAACUGUAUGGAAGUCAAACUGUUCACAGCAGUCUAAACUAAGGGUCGCUGCCGAAUCUUAUCCGGUUUCCAUGUUCUUUGCACAACCAGUCGCUGACUGUACACGCUCAUGUGAUCCGUCUACUCUACAGCCUGCACGGCACGCACCUUGCAGCUUUGGCGCUGCUGCUGCAACUGAAAGGCUGAUAUGCUGAAUGCUCAGAAACAUCGUGGGGGCUCGGCGUUUCAGACCACGGCCAUUGGAAGACGGUGCCGGAACGAGUAAAAUAAUACCCCACUUGUCAGUGCCCCACUUGGGACGGCAUCUCUACAGGAUCAUUCUGGAUCCUGGAGCAUGUGAAGCUCGUCGCAUGCCCCCACGCGCGGUACAGCCUGAGCUGAGCUGAAGCUGAGCCAGUCCACCCGUCCAAAGCUCCCGGACCUCCCAACAACCGAGAGACACAUCAUGCGUCCCAACUGCCAAAUCAUAAGUGGAAGUGUCGAACCAGAUCAAAACAACAGGCAGGCUCAAACCGUAAGUAAACCGGCUCUUCCAAUCGCUGUUACUCCGCUUUGUUGUGGGCUGAAUCACGAGGGAGAGGGAGUUUACUGAUGGAGCUUGAAUCCGCUACUCUAUUUUUGUCUGCACAUGGUUUUGACCUUUGAUUUGCACGCAUAAGCGCACUUUUGCUAACAAUUCUACGCAAAAGCUUUUGUGCCGUAUCGUGGUUUUGCAGACUCAA